GCUGCAUCACGUUGUGUGCAAUGAUGUAAGACUUGGCUCUAGGCCCACAAACCGGAUGGACAAAGAAACUAGAAAAUUAAAUGAUAUAACAUGGUGCGUUUCAGGACGUGGUUAACAUGUUUUUGUCUGCUGCAUUUGUUUUUUGGCAGCAUUAAAGCCAUAAAGGUCAUUGGUCGGGAUGGGACUGUGACAGCAGGAGAUGAUGCGCAGUUAUUCUGUGAAGCGAUUGAGACAACAGAGCCUCUAACAACUAUUAGGUGGCAAAGACGAACAAAGAAAAAGCCAACAAAUACAGAUUUUCUGGUUAUCACUUCCAGUGGCAAAGAAGAACAUAUAAACGGACUGAGGGACCGAGUAAAAUUUGCAGGGAACUUAGCAGUACUGGACGGCUCAAUUCUUCUAAGUAAUGUUACUCUUUUAGAUGAAGGAAUCUACACCUGCAUCUUCAGCAUAUUUCCAAGUGGACCAUAUAAAACAGAAAUUCGUCUCAGAGUACAAGUUCCUCCUGUUGUGACUGUGGGCACUGAUGUUCCUGCUGUUGCUGGAGACACUGAAGGGAUUUUAGCGACCUGCACUGCAGCCAAUGCAAAGCCUGCAGCAGAAGUGUCGUGGAGUCUGGAUGCUUUAAACAACACAGUGAAAGUACAAAAUACUGUCACUGUGGACUCUGAAGAUAGAUACACUGUUAAAAGCAACCUGAUUGGAACUGCAUCUAAAGAUCUAAACCAGAAGAAGGUUCAGUGUGUAGUCACACACCCUGGCCUAAAGCAGAAACUAGAGAUGAAUUACACAUUGGAUAUUCACUAUCCUCCCCAGGUGGUUUAUAUUAGUUCAACAGGUGAUCAAGGGGAAACCCGUGAAUUUCUUUGUGCCACAGACGCUAAUCCAAAACCUACAAACUUUACCUGGGGCAGAUAUUUUCCAGUGAACGAGACUCUUUCCAGUGGUGUUAAUAGCAGUCUGACUGUUCAGCUGACUCCUGGUAGUAACGGACCUUACUAUUGUUUGGCAUCUAACCAAUACGGGGAAGCUCUUGGUUCCCUCUAUAUGCAUGUUGAAACUUCUACAGAAUCCAGUGCCUGUUGGACUCUGUUCAUCCUGACCCUCGUUGCUGUUUGCUGUUUUCUCAUUUGGAAAUUUGAAUUGUUUCAGCGUGUUAAUAAAAUACUGAGGCGUGACAUCAGUCAACCUGUGCGUAGGGAAUCUUUAGACCAUGAAGAGGAGCAUUGAUGCAUGAACCAAACCUCUCUACUGGGACCAUACCUUGCCGUGGUGGAUGGGCUUAUCCUCCUUUAAGUGAAGAGAAAACCAAAUGAUCCCACAGUCUUGGUAACAUAACGGUCCAGUUUUGGACUCCAUCUUUCCACUUGUCAAGAUUAUGGGUUUCUAUAACAUUAUAAGGUUUGCUGACUAAUCUGAUGUCAUGAGCAUGAUACUUCAACAGGACAACAACCAGGUCUAAAUUCCAGUAGCGAGAGGAAGACACCAAUGCAUCUGAAACAAGACGACAUCAGAAACAUAACUUCUUUUAAUAUUUCCUCAAGAGAUUACUCCUGGAGGCUAAUUACAGAAUCUUAUUUCAUUUCAUCCUACUGCAGAACUGUGUGAAGCCAAUUCUAGCAGAUGAGUGACUCUCUACAAACCAUCUACUGUAAAGUAGAUAAAGCUAACAUCAACUAGAGUUCUGGUAAGUUUAGACCGAUUUAGGGUGCUUUCACACCUAUAGUUCGGUUCAUUUGGUCUGGACCAAAAGCAAAUAAAUGAUACAUUGUAUAUUUUCAGCAGUUUUGGCUCCUUUUCACACCACACUGAUCGUUCUGUUCCGCACCAGUUGAAACGAACCAAAAUGCAGUCAUGUGAUAACAUCCACAUCACUCAUUGGCCACAUGUCUUUGAGCGUAUUUCCGAAACUGCUUCUCGAUUAGUCAGAAUAAACGUGUGGGAAAUUCCAACGAAACUCCGGAAGUAAACAAAAAGAGGAAAAUACAGGAAAAUACAGCAUACAGUACACCAUGGAGAGACGGGUGCGCUCUGCAAUUAUGUUCAUGGUUGUAAUCUACUACAUCGCUUGUAUACAGCAUUCUAUGCAAAGUCUUAAUUUUCAGAAUGAAGCGCGUAUGCGGCUUUAACAUAUAAUUUUAAUACACUGCAAAUGGCGAAGACGCAUCGCACGACACUUCAGGAGGCGGCGAGCAUUACUUUUGCGAAACAGUGACAUGCUUAUCUUCCGAAAAUAUUGCCAACGACCCACUACGGCAGCUGGUUUAGUCCAAAAUG